CGAGAUUAUUUUCCAAAAUUUUCUACCUUUACCGUUUAUUGAAAUAAACACACUCUUACCUUCAAUAGCGCAAGCAAAUUUAAUAUAUCUGACCAUAUGAACCAGUGAAAAGAUCACCAACAUACACGUUUUCUUUCUUCAACAUUAAUAAUUAAAACCAAGUAAACCAUAAACUAAUAUCAUGACUAUCGCAGAAAUUCUAGAUCCAGAGGUUGAGAGUAAGAUUGCAGAGUUAAAAUCGAGGGUAGAAAAAGAUAUGAAACCAACCAUGAAAGAUGACAAAAAUUUAUUUCACAGAUUUCUCGUUGCUCGAGACUAUAAUGUGGACCAGGCAGAAAUCAUGCUGAAAAAGCACUUGCAAUGGAGAAAAGAUUAUAAAACAGAUGCUAUUUUAACUGAAAAACCAGACUCAGAUAAGAAUUACUUACAGUUUCUACAAGUCGAACCCUAUAUUGGUUAUAGUAUGAUUGGAUACGACAAAGACCAGUGUCCAGUGACAUACUGGGCAAGUGGAAAUACAGACUGGAAAGGAAUUCAGUUAUCAGUAAAAUUGACAAUGCUUCGUAGAUACUUUGUUAAAAUAAUGGAGGAGGAAUCUGCAGUGAUAGAAAAUCAAAGCAAAAAGCUGGGAAGAAACAUAAAAGGCGUCGUGUCCAUCAUGGAUUUGAAAAACUUUUCCUUUGCUAUAGCAACGGACAAAAGAUUUAUAUCGGAGUUAAUGAACGUGGCAAAAGUGAAUCAAGAUAAUUAUCCCGAAAGGCUGAAACAAGUUGUUUUGAUAAAUGUUCCAAGUUAUUUCACCAUUUGCUUUAACUUCCUCAAAACUGUUUUGGCAGCAUCAAUCCUAAAUAAGAUACAAGUGUAUGGAUCACCAGAGGAAUACCAACCCGCACUGCUCAAAAUCAUGGACGCCUCAGAUUUGCCAGCGUUUUUGGGUGGAAAAAAAACUGAUCCAGACGGUGAUCCCCUCUGCAAGUCAUUCAUAAGGCAUGGAGGUCAGAUACCAUCUAAAUUCCAUGUGAGCAAAGCAAAAAGCACAUUAGCCAAGUGCAAGGAAGCGAAGAAACUUGUCGUUCCAAGAGCAGCUUUUUCAGAAAUUGAACUGAAUGUUAAAGAAGCUAAUUCUGUGAUAGAAUGGGAGUUUGAAACAAAGACAAGAGACAUUGGCUUUGGACUGUUUUUUAAGGAACUCGAAGCAGGAGACGAAGAAAAAAUCGUCGAGAUAGUUUCCCUGCAGCGUUUAGACACCGAAAACUUUUCAGAAACAGGAAUGUUCAAGUGCGAUAAGCCAGGAACAUAUAUACUCCUGUUUGACAACUCGUACAGCUGGAUGAGGUCCAAAGAAAUCUACUACAAAGUAACUGUUAAAAGCCCGAAGGACCACGAGAAAGAAAUGGCAUCUUGAGCAACUCUAGACUGUCAAUUUCUGCUUGUGAUGUUUUAUCUGUAUAUUUAUGAUGCAGAUAUAAUAUGCUUUAUAUCACAGUCAUGGUAUUAGUUUGCUCUAAGAAGAUAACAAUAGUUCAUUGUUAUUCUAAUAUAGGAAUUCAGUUUGAUACGAUUGGAAAAAAUAUUUAUAUUCGCCUAGUCUUGAGAUAUAAAAACAAAGAUACUAGGUGACUCGAUUAAUUUUAAUGCCGAUAAAAAUUGUUUGCUAAAUUCGUUAAAAAAAAUAGUUUGAAUGCCGUGUCUUGUUAUAGAAUUACCACGAAAGAAAAUUAUAGUACUGAUUUCUAGCAUGCUUUGAAAACUACAUAGGUAUGUUUACUGUAUAUUUUAGUUAAAUCAUAUGAUUUGAUAAACUAUUUGAAUCGCUACUAAAUUUUUAUAAAAUAGAAAUGAAACGAACUUUAAUUUAUUUAAAAUUUUAAACAAAUAAUCGAUGCAUAAUCUGAUUAAUUAAAUUUUGAAAAGAUUUGAUAAUUAAGCAAUUAAAUUUUUUUCAAAAUUGAUUUAAUGUACGACUUAAUGCCUAUUUCUUAAGUUGUAGAAGUACCUUAACAAUUAUAAAGUUUUAUAACGAUUAUGAAACAAACCUAAAUGUUAAUCAUUUAAGUAAGUUAUUUUCCAUGAAAUUGGAAAAAGAGAAGCUUAUCUAAAAAAUAUGUGUUACUCAAUAUUAAAUAAUAAAUUCAAAAAAUAAAUAUUUUAAAUAUUAACUGUUUAAAAAUAAGCAAAAUAAAAAGUAUCUUUAAUGAUUGAUAGGUUGUUGUCAUCAUAUUUUCAACAACUACUUCAUCAGUUAACAAAAUAAAGCAAAAUUACUAUUAUAAAUAUAAAUUUGAAUUCGAAAAAGUUCCUUUACUAAUUUUUCGAAAUUUAUAAAUUAGCAAAACUCUUUAUUUUAAAAUACUAUUUUUGAAGAAACUUAUUUCAGAUUUUUGAUUUAAAAAAAAUUUUGGAUUAUACUGUUAUGUAAUAAUAACUCACUGAGACCACUUCUACAACUUGCUGUUUGAAAACGCCUUUUAAAUAAUACUGGUUGAUGGAAAUUGGAUGUUGACUAAUAAAAUGUAUAUUUUCAACACAA